UGAAGUCGGUGCCUAUGAGACCAGGUCCCCUCCCGCAGAGCCGCCAUGUUGGAGGGCGAGAAACUCAACUUGGAUUCGCUCAUCGAGCGGCUACUGGAAGUGCAUGGCUCCCGGCCCGGCAAGAACGUGCAGAUGGCGGAGCGUGAGAUCCGGGACCUCUGCCACAUGGCGCGGGAAAUCUUCCUGAGCCAACCCAUCCUGCUGGAGCUGGAGGCACCGCUGAAGAUCUGCGGUGACAUCCAUGGGCAGUACUACGACCUGCUGCGGCUCUUCGAGUGCGGGGGCUUCCCGCCUGAGAGCAACUACCUCUUCCUGGGCGACUACGUGGACCGGGGCAAGCAGUCGCUGGAGACCAUCUGCCUCCUGCUGGCCUACAAGCUCAAAUACCCUGAGAACUUCUUCCUGCUGCGCGGCAACCAUGAAUGCCCCAGCAUCAACCGCCUCUACGGCUUCUACGACGAGUGCAAGCGACGCUACAACAUCAAGCUGUGGAAGACGUUCACCGACUGCUUCAACUGCCUGCCCGUCGCCGCUAUUGUGGACGAGAAGAUCUUCUGCUGCCAUGGAGGGCUCUCGCCAGACCUGCAGUCGAUGGAGCAGAUCCGCCGGAUCAUGCGCCCCACAGACGUGCCGGAUCAGGGCCUGCUGUGCGACCUCCUCUGGUCCGACCCCGACAAGGAUGUCCAGGGCUGGGGCGAGAACGAUCGCGGUGUCUCCUUCACCUUCGGCUCUGACAUGGUCGCCAAGUUCCUGCACAAACACGACCUGGACUUUAUCUGUCGGGCACACCAGGUGGUGGAGGAUGGUUACGAGUUCUUUGCCAAGCGCCAGCUGGUGACGCUCUUCUCAGCCCCCAACUACUGCGGCGAGUUUGACAACGCGGGCGCCAUGAUGAGUGUGGACGAGACGCUCAUGUGCUCCUUCCAGAUCUUGAAACCGGCUGACAAGACCAAGGGCAAGUACGGGCAGUUCAGUGGCGUGAACCCCGGCGGGCGCCCUGUCACCCCCCCGCGCAACACGGCCAAGGCCAAGAAGUAACCGGCUGCUCCCCCUGCCCUGCCCCAUGGACUGGGCCCCCCUCACUGCCCUGCCCCCGGCUCUCUCAGUACCUGCCUGCCUGGGG